UAGCGCUUCCUUCAGUCUACGUUCAGAGACGGCGCGCGCAUCUUGCGUGUGCGCUUACCGGUACUCCCGUACUGUGCUGAUAUUGUACCCUAAACGGACAAUAUUGUGACGGGUUGAACGAACUUUGAUAAAAAUGACCAUCUAAUUAUUUCGUUUACUUUAACUUUGAGAAUAGCCGUGCCUGACUCAUAUGAGUAUAUGCAGUGAUUAAUUUACACUGACGUUUCACUGGACGAUCGAUCACGCAUCCAACCGAUAUUUUGUCGGCGACAUCAGCGACUGAUAAUCGGAGAGACGUCCCUUUUUUCUUGUAAUAAAUUAUUUAUACUCAUUAACUGUGAUGGACGAGUUCAGUCACAUUCUCGGGGAUUACUCAUUUGUGGCAUGACUGUGGGAGGAUAAAUUUAAUCCUAAUUAAUAAUCAGUUUUGACUGAAAGUGCGUGCAAAGAUGGAGACUUUGGUGUUAAUACCCCAAGAACUGAGCUUGGCUUUGAGGCCUGGUGAUGCUAGAGGGAGGGAGGCAUCAGUGAAUGUUUGGACAUCACAAGAGCUGUCGAAGGGAUCCCUUUUAUACCCUUUUCAAGGAACUAUAAGAAUCGACAAGCUUCACGUGUACUCCUAUGUUCCUGACCACGACGUCCGCCACCGAUUUGGUCUAUUUGACGAAGUAUGUACUUCGGGAGGCGUACAGGUCCGGCAUUGCAAUUGGGUUCGAUUUCUACGAGUCUCUGAGAAUUAUGGCCCACAAGUAAACCUAGUCUGCACAAAAGUCAAGGGUGAACCUGUCUAUGAAGCAGUGAAGCCAAUAUCAGCCCACACAGAACUGGUGGUAUAUUAUCUACCUGAAAGACCUGAGGAGCUAUUCUUUGUGAGGAUGAGGAAUAAUCUGUACAGACAGACGAUGGAUUCCAUUCUAGAAGAUUCACCAUUAGACCUCUCAACGUCACUUCUAUCGAGAGUACUAUUACCAAUAUCACCACCCUCGGGUCCUGAUGAUGAGCACAAGUCAGUUUCUGGUGAUUCCCUUACAUCAUCAUCCGCCGGAUCAUCAAGUGAGCUACUAGACAUGACACCGAAAGUCCAAAGAAAACCAGCGAAAUCUGAAAGAGCAUUACUGCCUUGUGAAGUGUGCGGAAAAGCAUUCGAUAGACCUUCAUUAUUAAAAAGACAUAUGAGAACACAUACAGGUGAAAAACCACAUGUGUGUAUGGUAUGCAAUAAAGGGUUCAGCACUUCAAGCAGUCUUAACACUCAUAGAAGAAUACAUUCUGGAGAGAAGCCACAUCAGUGCCAGCAUUGUGGGAAGAGAUUCACAGCUAGUUCAAACUUGUACUAUCAUCGAAUGACACACAUAAAGGAGAAACCACAUAAAUGCAGCCUCUGUUCCAAGUCCUUCCCUACGCCUGGAGACCUCAAGUCGCACAUGUAUGUGCAUAGCGGUUCUUGGCCUUACAAGUGCCACAUUUGCUCUAGAGGGUUCUCCAAACAUACCAAUCUCAAGAACCAUCUCUUUUUGCAUACUGCAAAACACCAGAGAAGCGGCACUAGAGAAGCAACUUGAGCGCUUACCUAAAUCUUAUUAAUAAAAAUAGUUACACACUAGCUGUGUCU